GGCGUUAGUGACACAGCUGGCGGAGUUUGUUAGUAGUUCAGAGCAGCUGGAUGGGGGUGUGCGGCUCCUGAGCUCCUCUCCAUGGCCUGCCGUCUCUCGGGCUCUGGCUCCUACAAUGUUGUCGUCAUCCCGCUCAGGACCAGCCUCUGCAGCCUGGACGCCCUUCGCUUCUACCUGUGGAUCAAACGUCUGAAAGACUUGGAAAAGGAGAAGGACGCCCUGUGGUCUGGACUGGAGAUCUUGGACAGGGGUCGGCUCUGGUACCUCCAGCGGCUCGAGGAGAACUGGGCCCGAUGGGACAGCGAGAGCAGAAGUGGAUCAUGCAGCUACCAGAAUGAAGCAGCCGAGGCGCGGUCCUGCCUCCUCAGAUCUCAGAUCCAGCGGGUUAAUGGUUCUCUUGGUUCUGUUAUGAGUGAACCCAACGUCAGCAGAAAUCCGUGUGUUUUCGAUGCCGUGGUAGACAGUGACCUCCGGUGGCACAACACUGUCUUAACUCAGAAAGUGAGUGACAAGAAUCAUCAGAUCUCCUUGUUAGAGCUGGAAAAAGAUGCUCUCCUCCAGCAGCUUGAGGACCUGCAGGCUUCCAGAAUACACCUAAAUCAACAUGAGCUGCCAUGCAAAUCUACAUUUUAUUGAUUGUUUCAGCUAAAAGGAUUUAGUCAUCUGUAAAUAUCUAUUUAAAACAAUAAAUUACAGUUAUA